AUGAGCGAACAAGAGGCUGCAUCCGACGAUUUUUCCGGACUUACUUCAUUUUUCUUCUACACAUUCAUCGUGCACCCAUGUACAGCAUGGAUCCUACGCCCUGGAAGAUUUGAACGCAAGAAGAGCAUUAUGUACGCCAUUGCUUUUCUUGCAGCUCUCGCGGCAAUCAAGACUGGUAUGGAAUUCGCGGAACGUGGUCCCAAUCACUACUCCUUGCUCGGCGUCACCCGUGAUUCGAACCCUUUGGAAAUCAAACGAGCCUACCGAAAGUUGAGUGUCCAACUGCACCCCGACAAGAAUGACAGUCCGGACGCCGCCGAUCAAUUUGACAAGGUGAAACAAGCCUACGACGUCCUCAUGGAUUUGGAAUUGAGAGAAGUUUACAACAAAUUUGGGAAUGAGGGAAUUCAACAAAACAAACGAUACAGCGAAACCCAAUUCUUGAUGGAAGCUGGUAUCUUUUAUGUAUCUUGGGGUGUCAUGACAUUCUUUUUGACAAUGGGAAAGAAAAGUGGACAAGCCCGAGACUGGACGCUUACUGGUUUGAUUCUUAUGCUUGUUGUGGAAGUGGUAGUGAUGACGUCUGUGACGAAUCCAUUGCCAUCGUCAAUCUUCCCAACCCUCACCGAGGCCGAUUUGGUCCGUGUGUUGCACUCCUUGUUUCCUGCCUUUAUGAAUGGGUGUAGGUCCAUGGGAGCAUAUCUGUACGUCGAUUUGGACGCCCAGUUACGUCAGUUGUUGUUGGCGCUACAAGAGCAGAACCAAGAUAUUCUUCUAGUCCUUCGCGACGUCCAAAUUGGUGUCCAAACCAUUCAAAGCAGUGGAGGUGGUGGUGGUGGUGGUCCACGAUUGGCGACGGGCCCAAUCUCUACCAGCAACAUUCCUGUUGCGACAGAUGGGGGCGCUCUAGGUGUCACUCCCACUGGAAAGCUUAAAGAAUUGCAAGCAAGACUGCACCACUCUAACGGCACUGUUGCACAAGCGGUUCAAUCUCUGAAACAGGAGCAAAAAUCAAGUGGCCUUGGUUUUUAUGGAAUGAUUCUCGGAUACAUUGUCAUUUCGUACCUAUUCAGUUAA